GCCACCUGAAGUGUAUACAGUCUGAUUGCAAUUCUCCUUGGUACAUGACACGGCAAUGAAUACCUCAAAUAUGGCUCCUCAGUCGCAAUCACCUCACCGUUUCCUGCCGGGCCGACGACGAGCGUCGCCAUCCAAACAAGAUCGCACGAAGCCCACCGUCCCGGGGAGCUUGCGAGGAGAUGGCUUUAUUAGCGAGUCCGCAGUGGUCCCUGCCCUCACAGCAGGGCGAACAGUAGUAACAAAGCCUGCGACAUUAUCAUCCAGAGGGGACGGGUUCAUUCAGUCUACGCCGAAAUCCAAGUCGAGCUCCGAUCAAUUCGCGCAGACUCCUAGGUUCAACUUUGGAUAUGCAGCAACCUCUUCUCGGGCGCCCCAAGGCACACCGAAUACUAAACCUAGUCUGGUACGCAUCGAAAGCGUGCAAGAUACGUCUUUGACGGACAGUCAUGAUCAUGAUGAUGGGAUGCUAGACUCUGGGCGUAAAGCGUUACCAACGACAGAAUCUUGUACUCAGCCCUGUGGCUGGGCACAGGAGUUGCCUCACUCGCCAAAACGGCGCAGGGUAGACGAUCUAUCUGCCAGCUUCGAAGCCGCUUUCGACUCGCCGGUGAGACCUUCGAUGUUCAAACAACCGACCACGCCUGCCUCUACUUUGCGUAAUGGACCGCAUCAAUUCUCUCGCGCAUCCAGCAUUGCUGGCUCGGCGGCGAACGAAAGUAGUGCUGCGCGACGCCCAGCGUUCCUCAAGUCACCCGCAGCUUCAGCGGAGAAUUUGGAGCCACUACCGGAAGCAUUCUCUCCACAUCGACGAGGAGAAAAGUUCGUGCCUGGCGGUAUGGCAGCGACGUUGCAACAAUGGGUCGUAGAGACCGGUCAGUCUGCAGUACAUAGCAGGAGAGGUCAGGGUUAUUUGCAGGGCGAGGCAUAUCUCUAUCGGGUCAUGGUGGACUCGGUAUCUGGCCACGGCCCCGUUCUGGUGCAAGGCAGACAUCAGGAUGGCGCUCGACUGCAGCUGUUGCUGAUCUCGGAUGGGAAAGCGAGAGCCAGCCAUGCCCAUGCUCAGCCAGGCAAUGUUAUUGGCGUGCGUGCGCCUUCUUGGGAGGUUCAUCUCGCAGGCUGUAGCUGGAUCGUGGCAGUAGACUGGACGAUGCUGAGCUGAGGAGAGCACUCCCGUCGCUACCUUACCUUAGGCACUAAUGAGCAUUCAAUCUGCCAUGUCACAUGUGUCUGUCGUAUCCAGCCCAGCAUCGCAUUUCAUCCCGCAAGUCCGAGCACGAGGCUACUGGCGCGCAAUGGUGAUGGCUUCGACCUCAUAAUUGCAAGGAUGUCCCAGACAGCCAAGUUCUGGAGCGGCUUUUCGGCUCGUGAGUCGUGAGUCGUGAGUUGUUGCAAUAAGGUACCUCCUACAUAGUAAACAAUGCC